CGCGCUAGAGCCCGUUAAUCCGCCUCUUCUGCAGGCUACGUUUGGAUUGGAGUUUCUUUUGAGAUCAUUUCCAUGUGCAUUUUAUUACCAUGCAUUUAGUACAUGUGCAAUUAGCCUACGUGCUGUUUGCUCUGUUUUUCGGCUGCCACAUCGUGCUAACGAGGCCCAAGAACGUCGAAACAGCUGUCAAUGGUUGCAUAUUAGUUUUCAGUUUGGACCCUAUCAUGUGAUUGUCGCGUUAAGUGUUCUACGUAGUAUCAGCCUUGCUUAAUUGUAUUCAAAUCAUGGCUAUUGCGCAGUAUUUUCUUGUCUUACUGUUUAUUGGGCUGUAAAUGGGGUUGUAACUUCCCACUGGGUUGCAGUAAAAAUGAAUGCCAUUUAGAAGAAAGUUUUCGAGGCCUCAUUUGACCUUAUUUGUUUCACAUGGUUUGGAAAAAAAAAAGUGUUAAGAAAGAAAUGUGUUUUUUUUAUUAACUAUUAACAGAUCUCCCCAAGGCUGUAACACUAAAUAAAUUACCUGAAGAAGUAUCAGGAGACAAGAUUCCUUUAAGUUGGAGCCUUGUAAAAGGCGCCUCCGCCUACAGAGUGUACAAACGAAUAGAGAAUCAAGAUGGUGAAUGGAAUGAAUGGGGAAGAGUUAGGUUUACUACAGAUGUUUCCUGCGAAAUCACAGUGGACAGAGGCAAAACUUGCCAAUUCAAGGUGACAGGUGUAAAUAAGGACAACGACGAAGGAACUGAAAGCAUCCACAGAACAGUCAAGGUUUUAGCCGCUCCAAUGCCAGUACAACUGCUUGAAGUACCUGACAAGAUCGACAAAUGUGACUUUCUUUUAAAGUGGGAAAAGACUCGUGACAACGGUGCGUCUAUAACAAAAUACACGGUUUACCAAAGGACAGUGAAUGAAAGUGAUCAAGCGCAGCGCUGGAGAAAUGUCCAUUCUUCCCUUGCUUGCGAAUAUCAUGUGCUUAACUUGGAGAGGGGUGAACUCUAUGAGUUCAAGGUAACUGCCACAAACAAGGUUGGAGAAGGGAUGGAAGAUGAACAGUACUUCAAAAAAGUCGAGGUAGAGGCAGCCGCUCCAAUGCCAGUACAACUGCUUGAAGUACCUGACAAGAUCGACAAAUGUGACUUUCUUUUAAAGUGGGAAAAGACUCGUGACAACGGUGCGUCUAUAACAAAAUACACGGUUUACCAAAGGACAGUGAAUGAAAGUGAUCAAGCGCAGCGCUGGAGAAAUGUCCAUUCUUCCCUUGCUUGCGAAUAUCAUGUGCUUAACUUGGAGAGGGGUGAACUCUAUGAGUUCAAGGUAACUGCCACAAACAAGGUUGGAGAAGGGAUGGAAGAUGAACAGUACUUCAAAAAAGUCGAGGUAGAGGCAGCCGCUCCAAUGCCAGUACAACUGCUUGAAGUACCUGACAAGAUCGACAAAUGUGACUUUCUUUUAAAGUGGGAAAAGACUCGUGACAACGGUGCGUCUAUAACAAAAUACACGGUUUACCAAAGGACAGUGAAUGAAAGUGAUCAAGCGCAGCGCUGGAGAAAUGUCCAUUCUUCCCUUGCUUGCGAAUAUCAUGUGCUUAACUUGGAGAGGGGUGAACUCUAUGAGUUCAAGGUAACUGCCACAAACAAGGUUGGAGAAGGGAUGGAAGAUGAACAGUACUUCAAAAAAGUCAAGGUAGAGGCGGAAAAAAAGAACAUAAAAGAAAAGGCAAAAAUCUGGAAAUAUCUGUUUCUGAUUCUCCUAGCAGUGGUACUUGCAGCAGUGGUACUUUGGUGUUUCUUGUCUGCAGUGGCCGUGGAGCUUCCCUGGCCGAAACUGGACCUUGCUUUUACUCGUGUCUACUAUGAUGAAUACGUGUUAACCAAACUUCAGGGACCUGACACUUGAAAAUGAUGGAGCUCUGCUAUCCUUUCAGUCCAUGUAUCGUGUGCCAUUUUGAGACAAAGCAGACAAUGAAAGCGGCCUGGAAUUGCGUCGAUCUUCGAGUUUCCUCAAAUUGAUCAAGGAAAGGAAUUCACGUUGAAGACAUUCAAUGUUGAAAGCGUCAACAAAAGUUGAUCGAACGCGCUCCAAUUUACUGUACACGAAGUCGUCGAUCGAUUUUUUUUACAUCAUUUUUACAGUUGUGUGUGUGUGUGUGUGUGUGUGUGUGUGUGUGUGUGUGUAGUUGAAGUAUAUAUGCAGUGACAUCCUCGACAUAUUUCCACCUUAACUUACUUCAUUUUGGUUUUUUAUUUCGUGUAAAAGGGUGUUCUAAAUCAUGGCAGAUCGUUAGCCAUAGUUUAAUUUCUUGACUACGGUGUGCUUCCUACAUUGAUCGGACCAACUUACUAAAAGAAUAUCAGUUUCAUUAGGCGUUUGCAGAUUGCAUUGCUGAAGUCACAAUUUAUUGUUCCACGAGACCUUUAGGUACUUACUUUAACAUUAUUUAGCCCGGAGGGAGGGAACAAGUGCCCCCGGCGAUUUCAAUCUUUCCUUACUUAAAACAGCUUUCAAGCUACAGUCAUCAAUUUUUGUGACUUUUCCAAAAUGUGACUCGAAGACUCCAUGGUAACCACACCUUUUCAAAGAUGUUUUACAGAGUAUUUAAAUUUCUGUUUGAGUGAAAAUUGAGUUUUCAUAGUGAUGAUAUAUUCAAAUUCUUUAAAUUUCCUGUAUCUUCAUAUUCAUAUUUGGAGUUUUCCUGACUUAUUUGCAAUGAAUCAUUCUUCAGGAAAUAGAUUUUGAACUAAAGCAGGAAAUCAGUUAACGGCUUGGAAAUGCCUGGAUCUCACUUUGUCUUCGUCAAAUGAAGGAUAAGAAGUAACAUUAAUUGAAGACCUACAAUAUUAAACGUCUAAACGAAAGUUGAACGAAUUUACUUUACUGUACAUGAGGUCCAGAUGAUGUCGUUGAUCGACCGUUUUUACAUUUGUUUAUUUGUACAGUUGUGUGUGCGGGGGAGGGAAGGGAGGAUAAGUUUAUGAACGCUGUGACGUACUAUAAAAAUAUCCGCUUAAAACAGUCCAUACUGCGCACUCUCGAGAGUUUGUUCUCGUUUUUUGUUUUGGCUCAUGUAAAACGUCACAAAAUGUAACAAUUCGCAACUAGUUACAUGAAUUGUAUUCAACGUUUCAUGUCAACCUCCAUUUUGGAUGUGAAGCUAUAUGCUUCGUUUUUUCUGAUAUCACUUGAUGAAACGAAUUUACAUACAUACCUACAUUUCAUUGAGUUCUUAGUUGAAAGUACCAUUACAACAUACUCGCGGGUAGCGGGUAGCGUAGCGAUACCCGCGAGUAUCGGAUUGCGGUAUUUAUAGCUGCAAAUAUCAAAGAAACUGUUGGGAAAAGAAUUUAAAAUGUCUCAUUGGUUCGCAUUCUAUCGAGUGAGACUCACAAACAUUUGGGUGUUGAGACUGCGCAGUGCGGAAUGGAAAUCAUCUUUAAUUUAGUUUAAAUUUUUAAAGUUAAAAAAGGGUGUUCUAAAUUGUGGCAGAUCGUUAGUCACGGUACAAUCUCUUGACAAUGGUGUUUCCUUUUUGUUAGGAGAACAUGUCCAUAUAAAGUUUACUCUUGCUUAUCGUGUUAACUAUCUUUGUCAAAAUUUGCAGUCUAUUUUAAUCACAUCGACGUAUUACAGUGAAGACACUCAAACCACGAACAGGGGAAAGUUAUUUCCGGAUUUUGUUUUAUGAUUACAGAGAGAGGGAUCUUCUUAUGAGCAAAAUAAUUAGCGCUUUUUUACUUGAAAAUCACUAAUCCUUUGGUUUUUAUCAAGAGCUCUCACUAGAUAAUUAUAAAACUGAAAAAUGCUCAAGUACAGUAAAAUGUAAAGUGUUUUUGGUAUCCUCACUGUAAAACAGUGUCGGGUCCCAGUCAACCAAAGUCAGAUAACGACGAUUCACUCGGAAACACAACAAAAUGUUUCCUAACCACUAGGAAUAAAAUGAAUGUGCCGAAUAUUGA